AUGACCAGUAAGCAAUCCUCCAAUCCGUUGAUGAAAGAAUACAAGCUCUUUGUAAAUGCCAAGGCUAAGAACUUGCUUAUAGAAGGUGUCUUGUAUUCACUGGAUCCAUCAGUUCCGAUACAGGUUACAAAAGUUGGUUCCAAGAAGAAGUCUUCUCCAAUUGAAAAGAAGGAGGGAAAGUCAUCAAGAGAGAAUAGAUCAGGUAAGGCAUCCUCAAGCAGGAGAAAUCAAAAAGAAGAAGAGGAAUUAUCCAUUGAGGAGGAAGAUGAUGUAUUCUCUGAGGAAGAUGAGAUCAUUUCAAGCAAAUUAGGUAAAGUUUCCAAGAAGAAGCCCUCUUCAGGUAGUAAGGAGGUGUCUGAGAAGAAGCCCUCUUCAGGUAGUAAGGAGAAGAAGAAGAAGAAGACCAUUGCCCCAAGUAAUGUUCCUCCUUCUAGUAAGACCUCUAUUAAGAGAAAGAAUCAACAAGAAGGUGAAUUGGCCAAGGAAGGGAGUGAUGGCAUCCAAUUUGACUCUGAAGAAUCAGAGCCAUCACAAAAGAAGAAAAAGAAGGAUGGUGAAUUAGAGGAUUGGAGGAAGGACAAGGAGCGUCCUACUGGUUUGGCAGACAUUUUUUUGGGCUCAUUGAAGGUGGUGGAUGGGUUAGCAUCACUUCACAUCAUGAUGCAAAACCUCUCAUAUUUGAGACUCUUCAUGGAUUUGGGAGACCAGUACUUUAAGAGUACUUUGCACGGCAAGAAGGGAGAUUUUAUAAGGGAGCAUUGCCCUCACAUGAAUCCCACAAAAGCAGUGAAGGUUUUGUUUUUAGGCAUGUUGUUAGAUAGAUUUCCACUGUUGCUGCCAGUAUCCCUCGAUUACUCCCUGUUCGGAUCUGAGAAGAUGGUGAAGAAUAUUACCAUCUACUUUUUGGAACAAAACUUUGGGAGGGAAGAGUCUGGCAAGUUUUGGAAUGAAUUGAAAAAAGCUGUUGUGAGCUCAAGUUCUGAAAAUCGUUCUGAAAAUCCAGUUGGUUCUGCAUCGGAUGGCACUACUGAUAUUCCUCCAAUUAUUGAGGAUGAUGAGAUUGAUAUUGAUUGGGAAGAUCUCAACAUGUUGGAUGACAUGGAACAAGAAGAAUAA